AUGGACUCGGCGAUAGAAUCCCAGUUCCGACCGAACGGCGGCCUCAACGGGGGCGGAAACGGCCAUAUUACGCCUUUGCAAAAGGUCGCCACGGACGGAACCAUUCGAGGGUUGUUGUCGCGCCAGAACAACAAUGAUACACGAGGUGGAUUGUUCGGGGACGACGACGACGAAGAGGAUGAGGAAUUGACAGAGUCACCUACGGAGUCGUCCGUGACAAGUCCGUCUUCAGUAACAUCGCCUCCGUACUGGCUCGGUCACCACCAGCGCUCAGUCUCCAAUAUGUCGGUCGAAUCCGUGCUACCCGCCGGCGCAAUCACGAUGCACGAUAAUGAAGCGAGCGAUGUCAAUGGUCGAAACCGAGCCUGUUGGGCGAAGAGCGUCGAGGUUACCGAUUACGUCGUGGUGAACGGUAGCGCCACCAACAUUGGGGCAUUCGUCGUCUGGAACAUUAGAGUCGAGACAUUGCAAGGGAGUUACAUGAACAUCCGCAAGCGAUACUCGGAGUUUGACGAACUUCGCGAAAAGCUGAUCAAGACGUUUCCCAACUUCGAAGCAGCUGUGCCGCCACUACCGCCUAAAAGCAUGAUUUCCAAAUUCCGGCCCCGUUUCCUCGAUAAAAGGAGAGCAGGGCUGCAAUACUUUCUCAAUUGUAUAAUGUUGAAUCCCGAGUUUUCUGGGUCGCCAGUACUCAAGGAAUUUCUCUUCUCGUAA